AUGAUCAGAGAUCCAUCUAAUCCCAAGGAAUCUCCCUCAGCCCAUGAAGGAGAUCACAGAGGUGAGGAUCUAUUCUCAUGUUCAGUGUGCGGGAAAUCCUUCACUGAAAACACAAGCCUUCUUAAUCAUCAGAGAAGUCACAUUGGUGAGCGUCCUUUUUUAUGUGUACAGUGUGACAAAUGUUUCACAGACGAAGGAAAACUUCUCGUACACCACAGAUUCCACACAGGUGAGCGUCCUUUUUUAUGUUCAGAGUGUGGGAAAUGUUUCACUCAGAAAGGAGAUCUUAUUGUACACCAGAGAAUUCACAAGGGCGAGCGUCCAUUUUCCUGUCCAGACUGCGGGAAAAGUUUUACCCAGAAAAUCAAACUUCUUAUACAUCAACGAAGUCACACUGGUGAGCGUCCCUAUUCAUGUUCAGAGUGUGAAAAAAGUUUUACACAAAAAUUUGCACUUCUUAUACACCAGAGAAUUCACACGGGUGAGCGUCCCUUUUCCUGUUCAGAGUGUGGAAAAAGUUUUUCGGACAAAGGAAACCUUCUUAAACAUCAGAGAACUCACACUGGUGAACGUCCUUAUUCUUGUUCAGACUGCGGAAAAUGUUUCACUCGAAAAGGAGCACUUAUUGAACAUCAGAGUAUACACACGGGUGAAGGUCCUUUCCCUUGCUCAGAGUGUGGGAAAUGUUUCAUUCAUAAAGGUAAACUUAUUGAACACCAGAAAACUCACACUGGUGAACGUACUUUCCCUUGUUUAGAGUGUGGCAAAUUUUUUUUUGUGAAAGGAAACCUUCUCAAACAUCAGAGAAGUCACACGGGUGAGCGUGGUCUCUUUAACUUUCCUCUGCUGGUAAGCACUGCAGUGAAAUCAGAGACUUCUAUGGAUCACAUGAUCACAUCAACAAGGAUGGACGAUGACCCGAGUCACAGUUUUCCUCCGGUGAAGUCUGGUGACUGUAUAACCAUCACAGUGCCUUCACCUCACUCCAUGAAGCCCGAGAGGAACAAUGAGAAGAAGGGUAUAAACCAGAGUGAUUGUGAUGAUGAUGUUAAAGAAGAGAUAAAAGAGGAGGAGGAGGUUGGUGUGAUGGAGAAGUUUUCAGAAGAACACAAAGACCCUUUCAAUGUCGUCAUGAUAGAACCAUCCCGUGAAACAAACCCACCAGAGAGAAGUCUCCUUCCUCUUGAUUCCCAGAGGAUGACACCAGGUCACAUUCAGAGUGCGGUAAAAUUUUCACAUGCCAAAGAAGUCUUCAUGUACACAUAA